AUGUAUUUUCUUGUCAUGAGGAAGAAUAUGUUGUUAAAUAUUCUUCUAUCACUGAUGUGGCUAAUGCAGGCAAACUCGAAAGUUCCAAUUCGAAGACAUCGAACAUGUCGGAGAUUUUUUCGAAAUCCUGGCUGGUGGCAAACGGUAUGGGAUACAUACAGUGACGCAAGAUUUAAAAAGACCCUGCGAAUUUCGCGGAAGACAUUUCAGCACAUCUUACCACCAAUCAGAAGCAGACUAGAACGGCAGAACAUUAACGAGGAACCUGUAACUCCUGAAGAAAGACUUGCAAUUUGUUUAUAUCGCCUCGGUAGGGGAGAUUACUAUCAUACGAUAUCACAAAUAUCCGGCCUUGGGGUUUCUACGGAGCGUAAUAUCGUUUGUGAAGUUUUUUUAGCAAUCGUGGAGUGUCCGUGGAGUUCAGAAGUGGCUAAACAUUUGCCAACAAGUAAAGAAAUGUUCAAAAACAAAUUGGUUGAAAUGGAGGGGUUUUGGCAGUUUCCGUUUUGUUGGGCUGCUGUAGACGGAUGCCAUAUUCCGAUUAAAUGCCCGCCUGGUGGACUUGAAUCUUGCAAGGAGUAUCAAAACUUCAAAAACUUUUAUUCGGUGGUAUUAAUGGCAUUCGUUGAUGCAAGGUAUCGUUUUAUAUGGGCCAGUUGCGGUUUUCCUGGGAACUCCCAUGAUGCCGUCAUCUUACAGUCUACAGACUUGUGGCAACAAAUAGCAGAAGGUGUAUUCUUUCCGCAAAUUGGAAAGAGAGUCAUGAAUAGAACUUUACCACCACUUGUGCUUGGAGACUCAGCCUUUCCUUUACAGUCGUGGCUCAUGAAGCCCUACACAGAUGCCGUUCUAACAGAAGAGCAAAGGUAUUUCAACUACAGGCUCAGUCGAGCACGCAUGGUCACAGAAGGCGCUUAUGGGCGAUUGAAGGGCCGAUGGCGUGUUCUCCUGCGUAAAUGUGAAAGUAGUGCUCAUGAGGUUAAAAUCGCAACCCUCGCGUGUAUUGUUUUGCAUAAUGCUUGCAUUGAAUAUGGAGAUGCCAUAUCCAAGAAAUGUGAUCUGUCCAUUGACCCGGUCACAAAUCAAAAGCGAGACAGAGAAACAGUGCGCGAGAUGCUUAAAAUGAGGUCGUGCAGAAAACUAAAGGACAAUUCAGUAGAUCAGGGAAGCAAAAACCGGGAAGCUCUUAAAAACAUGUUUUACAAUGAGAAGAACAAAGCAUAG